ACCACUGUACUAUUAAUUUUGCUUCCUUUCUCUUCCCAAAUCCCAAUCUAGGGUUUUAAUCUCCGCCGCCUGCUCGAUGGCCGCCGUUUCUCCGUCACCGAGAUUCUCCGUCUCCCAGCUCUCCGCCGCUAAUCCAAAGGCCAAGCCUUUCCCCCAAUCCUUCAUCCACUUCCGCUUUUCCCCUUCCCGCCAUUUCCCCUCCUCUGCAGCCUCCACCGCCGCUCCCUCUUUCCUCCGCAAGAAUUUCAAAACCUCGAUUUCGUGCUCCGCGACUCCUAGCCGCCGCCCGGAAUACAUCCCCAACCGCAUCUCCGAUCCUCACUAUGUCCGCGUGUUCGACACCACGCUCCGCGACGGCGAGCAGUCCCCCGGGGCGACCAUGACGUCGAAGCAGAAGCUCGACAUCGCCCGCCAGCUGGCGAAGCUCGGGGUGGAUGUGAUUGAGGCAGGGUUUCCUGCGGCUUCCAAGGACGAUUUCGAGGCAGUCAAGGCUAUUGCCGAGGAGAUUGGCAAUGCGGUGGAUGAGGAUGGUUACGUGCCGGUGAUCUGUGGGCUAUCGAGGUGUAACGAGAAGGAUAUUCGGACGGCGUGGGAUGCGGUGAAGUACGCCAAGCGGCCCAGGAUUCAUACGUUUAUAGCGACUAGUCCGAUUCAUAUGGAGUAUAAGUUGAGGAAGAGCAAAGAGGAGGUGGUGGAGAUUGCCAGGAGUAUGGUGACCUUCGCGAGGAGUUUGGGCUGUGAAGAUGUGGAGUUUAGCCCCGAGGAUGCUGGCAGGUCUGACAGGGAAUUUUUGUAUCAAAUUUUGGAAGAAGUGAUCAAAGCUGGAGCAACGACUCUUAACAUACCAGAUACUGUUGGAAUUAACUUGCCUAGUGAAUUUGGACAACUAAUUGCUGACAUAAAAGCCAACACACCAGGAAUUGAAAAUGUCAUCAUUUCUACACACUGCCAAAAUGAUCUUGGACUUUCUACUGCUAACACGUUGGCAGGGGCAUUUUCGGGUGCACGACAAGUAGAAGUGACAAUCAAUGGCAUUGGAGAGAGAGCUGGAAAUGCUUCACUGGAGGAGGUAUGUUUUGAAUUUUGCGCAGAAUGUGAUGGCACAGAACAGAGAUAAUGUCUGCAGUUACUGCAAUUCUCCCAGUCAGUAGGCAAGUUAAGUCGGAAGGGCAUGAUCCCAUUCUGUCUCCAAAAUCCUGAAAUAUUCAACUCACUAGGUUGUAAUGGCCAUAAAAUGCCGCGGAGAGCAUGUGUUAGGAGGUUUGUACACUGGGAUUAACACCAAACAUAUUACUAUGGCAAGCAAGAUGGUGGAAGACUACAGUGGAUUGCAAGUGCAGCCUCACAAGGCUAUUGUUGGAGCUAAUGCUUUUGCUCAUGAAAGUGGGAUACAUCAGGAUGGAAUGUUAAAGCAUAAAGGGACGUAUGAGAUUAUAGCUCCCGAAGAUAUUGGUCUUGAGAGAGCCAAUGAGGCCGGUAUUGUCCUCGGGAAACUUAGUGGGCGCCACGCAUUGAGAGACCGGUUGAAGGAGCUUGGAUAUGAGCUGGAUGAUCAACAGCUAGGCAACAUCUUUUGGCUCUUUAAGGCAGUUGCUGAACAAAAAAAGCGAGUCACUGAUGCAGACCUAAUAGCUUUAGUCUCGGAUGAAGUUUUCCAACCAGAAACUGUUUGGAAACUUCAUGACUUGCAGGUAACUUGUGGAACACUUGGCCUAUCCACUGCCACUGUCAAACUCACUGAUGCUGACGGGGAGGAGCAUAUCGCCUGCGCUGUAGGAACUGGUCCAGUCGAUUCCGCAUACAAAGCAGUUGAUCUCAUAGUGAAGGAAGAGGCAACACUGAUGGAGUACUCCAUGAACGCUGUCACAGAAGGGAUCGAUGCAAUUGCAACCACCCGAGUCCUAAUCCGUGGGGAGAACAAGCACACCCCUACCCAUGCAUUGACCGACGAGCCUUUCGAGCGCACAUUCAGUGGUUCCGGGGCUGGAAUGGACAUAGUGGUGUGCAGUGUGAAAGCCUACAUCAGUGCCCUGAACAAGAUGUUAGCAUUCAAGCGACGGGUGCCAGCAAAGGCAGCAUCAUCUUCGCCAGACAGAACCCCUGUUUCGGCUUGACAGAGAAUAAGAUUGAAUCGCUUAAGUACUGGAUCAACAAAUAAAGAAAACUACCUUAUUUUGGGAAGAAUUCCUAAAAUCAACUGGCCAACCAUGGAUGAAGGAAAUGAAGC